AUGGAGAAGUUGACUGAUGAAUUGGCCAGUUCUUUGAUAGAUGACUUGAGACUUGAUGGAGAUUUGAACUGUAUGCUGUCAGAUUUUCCUUCUCGUGGCGUUAAUCCUGAAUUCGUGUUAAUGAUUGACAAGAAGUUAAUGCCUGAGUGUGAUACAGGUGAUCCGAAUCAUGCUAUGAAAUCAUGGAUAAGAUGUGCUGCGACAGCGGGUGCUUAUGUGUACAAGUCUGUUGGUGAGAGUGUAUCCCAGCCAUUACGCGUAUGGUUAAGCAAUGCAGCGAGCGCAGUGAUUCUCCACGGACUUCUUGGAGAGUUGACUGUUUCAACACAAGAAGAUAGAGAAGGGAAUGCAACAAAUGAGAAUAUAUCACUACCCGAUACGGUUGUAGAUGAUCGUUUGGAUGGUUAUUGGUAUUAUGGUAGUUGGACAGUGGAGAAUGUGGCGAGUAGCUCCGAGAUGAGAGGUGUGUUGAAAGCUGAGAUGGCGAAUGCAUGUGUCUCGGUGAUGAUAGCCUCUGUGGUGAAUUACUUUGAGGAGAAUCGGUACACACCGAGCGGGUUCAGGAAGGACAGUUAUGCGUGUAGGAUACUUGGAAGUGGUGUAAUGGAGAAAUAUGGUCUGACAGAUGAGUCGGAUAAGACGAAGGCAAUGCUGAUCACUGGUCAUUGGGUAUCAAAAUUGGUGGUUUUCAGUAUGGCUACGGAAGGGCGAGAACUGGAGCACCCAAUUAGACCUGUGAAGAGGAUCGGUUACAAGCAGUCUCUUGAUAAAAUGGAUAUCAAUGGUGAGUAUUUGACUGGUUCACCGAGGACAACAAUCAGUGACACAGGGAACAAGCUGUUUGGUCGACUCAUCACUUAUCUUAAGAUCUUUGAACCGAGAAGCGAACUACUGCUUUAUCCUCAAUUGCGUAUGAAUGGAGAAACACGUGAGAAGCACUACUUUGAUUACAGUCGUCGUUGGGAAGAUAUUUUGAAGCUGAUUUUUGAUGAGAUAUAUGUGCCAAGCGGACGUUAUUUACCAAAUGCGCUGAAAAGAGAUUUAAACAUUUUUGACGAAUUUCCACCUAAUGAUGAGGAGCUGGAAUCAUGUUGGUCGGAAUAUGACGUUGAUGAUGUUAAUCGCCAGUGGAUUCGUUUUUAUUUUAGGACUGCAUAA